AUGGGCCAAAGAUGCUGUGGAUCCCGUGAAAGGCUUGAGAAUGAAGGCGGAAUGGUUUACAAUCCGCUUUGGAAUGAUCGGGGCGAGAAGGCGGCCGCCGUCCUACGCGAUGCCUUAAUCAGGCGAGAUCCCGGCUCCAUGGAACUGGCAUUGCAGGAGCUUGUGAAUGCCAGAAGCUUGAAGUUGGAUCUGCAAAGCAGACGGCUCGGCGACACUGGUGCCUCGAAGCUGGCCGAGGCGCUGCGGGCGACUCGGAGCCUGGAAGAGCUGGAGUUGAACUUGGGUGGCAACAGCAUCAGCAAAAAAAGGUGCCGAAGUGCUGGCUACCGCACUGGCGCAGCUCAAGUCACUCCGAAGGUUACAGCUGAACCUCUGGGAGAACAGCUUGGGUGA